AUGCCUACACGAGGGCCUCCACCAGGCGUGGGCUGCGGAAGACCUGUUCAACUUCACCCCAUUAAAAGCCCUGGAGGCAACGCCUAUGCAUUCGGCAACUUAGCUGCCGUGUCUCCACAAGAUUUCCCGCCCUCGCGGGACGGCUCUGACAUCUACAUACGGGUCAACCACAACUACGUCCUCUCCGCGCGGCCUUUCGAGGGCUGCCGUCCCGGCGAAAUUGGCUUGUCGGAUGCGCAGAGAACAUGGGCGGGCAUCUCGCUCGGUCCUCAAGACGUGGUCACUGUCGAACCUUACGAUGCGUUCGCUCAGGGCGGCCAGUCAUACCUGGGAAACAUUGAAGUUGAGGUUGGGUUUGCCACAAGGAAGACAACUGAAGUGCUGUAUGAUCAAGAAGAGCUUGGAGCGCUUUUUAAGAAGAACUUCGAGAACCAGGUCCUUGCGCCUGGAGAACAACUGCUCAUGGACGUCAAGAACAUUGUUCUCAGGUUGUCGAUACGGACUGUUCAACUCGUCGAUCUAUCCAUGGAGAAAGCGGAAUCCGCCUCUAGGGAUUCGCUUAGGGACCCUAAUGCCCGAGGUAUCCUCACACGGCACACCCAAGCCGACUUCUUCAAGGAUGCGCGAACCGACAUCAAGCUGAAGGCUUCCAGUAGGCGUCUUGCUGCUAACUCCAUUGUUCAGCCUGGGUUUAAAUUCGAAGACAUGGGCAUUGGCGGCCUAGAUACCGAAUUCAGCGCCAUUUUCCGGAGGGCAUUCGCUUCUCGCAUCUUCCCACCUAGCCUCGUGGAAAAGCUUGGUAUCCAGCACGUGCGAGGUAUUCUUCUUUUCGGUCCGCCAGGAACUGGCAAGACCUUAAUCGCACGCCAGAUUGGUAAGAUGUUGAAUGCCAGAGAGCCUAAAGUUAUUAACGGGCCUGAGGUGCUGAACAAGUACGUUGGUCAGUCCGAAGAGAAUAUCCGAAAACUCUUUGCCGAUGCAGAGAAGGAAUACAAAGAGAAGGGUGACGAGAGCGGCUUGCAUGUUAUUAUCUUUGAUGAACUGGACGCCGUCUGCAAGCAGAGAGGAUCUGGCGGAGGCAGCAGCACUGGCGUUGGUGACAGUGUCGUCAAUCAACUCCUCUCGAAACUUGACGGCGUGGAGCAGCUAAACAACAUUCUUCUCAUCGGCAUGACUAACAGAAUGGACAUGAUUGACGAAGCGCUGCUGCGUGCUGGUCGUCUUGAAGUUCACAUGGAAAUCUCCCUUCCAGAUAUGGUGGGCCGGGCUCAGAUCCUAAAGAUUCAUACAACUAAAAUGCGUGCUAACAACGUCAUCGACGGCGAUGUUAACGUUGAAGAGUUGGCCAAACUAACGAAGAAUUUUUCAGGCGCCGAAAUCAAUGGUCUAGUCAGAGCAGCCUCGUCCUUUGCUUUCAACCGCUAUAUCAAAGUUGGCACCAUGGCUUCUAUCAACCCUGACGUAGAAAAUAUAAAGGUCAACCGCCUUGACUUCCUGAAUGCACUCGAAGAGGUAAAGCCGCUAUUUGGUGCAGCAGAAGAGGAACUCGGGAAACGUCUACUCGACGGCAUCGUGCAUUUCUCUCCAUUUAUCAACGACAUACUCGGGGAAGCAAGGCUCUAUAUCAACCAGGUCCGUAAGGGCUCAACAGCAGUUCUCUCUGUUGCCCUACACGGGCCACCAGGUAGCGGCAAGACCGCACUGGCGGCGAAAAUGGCCAUCGACUCGGAAUUUCCGUUCAUUAAACUCAUAUCGCCUGAGGACAUGAUUGGCUUUAGUGAGAUGCAGAAGGUACAGCAGCUUGAUAAGACUUUCCAAGAUGCAUACAAGAGCCCUCUCAGCAUCGUUGUUAUUGACAACAUUGAAUUGCUCAUCGACUGGGUGCCCAUUGGAGCGCUCUUCAGCAAUAGGGUACUGGUGGCACUCAAAGUUCUGCUUGCGAAGCAGCCGCCCAAGGAUCGCCGCCUGUUGAUUUUCGCGACUACGACCGAGCGGUCGGUGCUUAAUCAGCUGGAUCUGUUCAGCCGGUUCGAUGCAGAGAUCGCAGUGCCAAACGUCAACACGCAAGCCGAGCUCGCGCACAUCUUACAGGGCUCGGGAGCAUUUUCAGAUCGCGAUCAGCAGCGUGCUAUCAGAGAGAUUCAGGAAUCUACAGGCAGCGCAGAGAUAGGGGUCGGCAUCAAGAAGAUCUUGACGGCCAUUAAGACGGCCAAGGAGGACCAGGACGUGCCUGGCCGCUUCGUUAGAGUCAUGUCUCAAGCUAUUGCAGCCAACAGAAGCUUGUACACGUGA